AUGUGUGAUAGUCGUGGUCACUGCGAGCACGCGCAUGUCCCUGAAGAUGCAGUCGACUUGUAUAAUCUUUAUAAGUUUAUUGAUAUGGAAAAUCUAGUAUGCCUUAAUGAGAGUGUCCCUGAUUCUGGAAAGAAGGUCUUUAAGGCUUUUGAGGAAAGAAAGGAUUCGAGCAUCUUUGUGGAAAGUGAUGAUGAUGAGGAACUUCUGUUCAACAUACCUUUUACUGGUUCAGUGAAGUUGAAGGGCAUAAUUAUUGCCGGUGAAAACGGUGAUACUCAUCCAUCAUCGGUUGCUAUUUACAAAAAUAGGCCUUUUAUGACCUUUGUUGACACCGAAGCCCAGGCUGAUCAGUACUUAGAAUUGCAUCCUGAUCCUACUGGGGAAAUCACCUAUCCUUUGAAGGUCCUGAAAUUUGGAAAUGUUCAGCAUCUUGGUCUUCACAUUUUGAAGAACUUUGGUGGUGAAUGCACUCGGCUUCACUACAUUGGUUUGAGGGUGAUGGAUGGCAUAGAUGAACUACAUCAGAAAUUUCUAGAGGAAAUCGAAGUCGACUUAGCACGGGCUUGGGAAUCACUUCCAAAGCCACUACUACCUCAGUCUCAAAAAAAAUGUUUAUGUGCUCUUCGUGCCAAAUUGCAUGAAUUGAAAUAUAAGCAGGAGUACUACCGGCAUGCCUACAAUGAGGUCGUUGGUCAACUAACUAAUAUCUCUCAUGGUUUACCUGAUUGGGUUUUUAGUUAUGACGUGCCACAGUACCCAGAAGAACAAAUCUACGAAGACGAGGCAGCAGAAGAAGAGAACGAAGACGAACCAAUCGAGCAGUUGGGACCUGAUAUGCUAAAUUUUAUGCUGCAAACAAUCCGCCAUCGGGAACAGCGGGACAGAGAAAAGGCUCUUGCAGAGGCCUCCGCAACCAAACUACCUCCUUUAAAGCCUCCUGAACGACCAUUUUGUGGCUCUUCUCUUUCGAAACGCUUGCAGAUUGAGUCGUCAAUCGAAAAUUUCUAUGAAAAUAUCAGUGAAUGUCGGGAUUCUCCGUUUUGGCCCUCUAUGCCACUGCGAACCGUGAGAUAG